AUGCCUCAUUCCAAACCAACUACCGCAUCGGCGCCAAAGCCAAUCAACCUCCAGAGGACUGUUGUCGCGACACACUCCAACUCCGAAAAGUCGACAAAGUUACACAAGCGUUCGCGCUCAGGUUGCUUCACAUGUCGCUUACGAAGAAAGAAAUGCGACGAGGGCCACCCCUCCUGCAAGGCCUGUACCAACCUGAGUUUGAAGUGCGAAUAUAAGAGACCAAUGUGGUGGGCGAGCGCAGAGCAGCGCCGAAUGCAAAAAGAGCGUGUUAAGGACAUAAUAAAAAAGACCAAAUCGCUUGAACGACGCGAUUCGAAGCAAGAGGGCAGUUCUGGAUUUGCUUCGAUCUCGCCACCAUUAGUCGCAGAGUAUGACUUUAAUCGUGCGCCUUUAACCGACCCUUAUGAUCCACUGGCGUCUCACGUCCAAACUCCCGCAUUCCCGCAUUCCGCAACCGUCCCUCCCCAAUAUGGUCCCUAUGAGGUGGAUGUUCGAACUGAGCGACAGACAUUUAUUAACGAUGUGCCCUUGAGACAUGACUCCUCGGUUUCUACUUUCAAUGCCAUGCGGCCACCACAACUACACGCCACUUUACCCAAUUUCCACGGAGAUGACUGGAUCCACGAGGAAUGUUUCAACCAAAUCGGGCCCGAUGGUGAAAUUGAAUCCAACUUUCCCCAACCGCCUCAGUCGGCAUCAGUAUCCUACUUCCACACAAUGACGAUUCCUGUCGAAGAUCACGACAGGCCACUCUUGGAUCACUUUUUCGAGAACGUGCUGCGCAUGAUAUUUCCGAUCCUUGAAGUCAAUCAACAAGGCCUAGCACGGGCAAAGGCGAUUCUAAAUUCACUUGAAACCAACAAAACGUACCUCCACUGCUGCCUGAGUGUUGCUGCCAUUCACCUGAAGAGCACUGUUGGCCUAGCACCUGAACAGAUCGAUCACGAUAUAAUGCGACACCGAUAUGAAGCUAUCUCUUCCCUAUCCCAAGCUCUGUCUCAGGAUACCGACCAUGAGCAUAUUUUGGAUGCAGCGUUGGCCAUGAUCUUCUUUCAAAGUUCUGUCGGUGCGCCUGAUGACUGUCUACCCGACAUUCCUUGGAGUGAUCAUUUUUCUGCUGCAGCGAAUCUGGUCACCAGAUUGGAUAUGCAAGAAUCAAUUCAUACUGGCACCACCAUAUAUCCAUCUAUCAAUCCUUUCACUAAGUCUCUGGCGACGUGGAUUGAUAUACUGGGAGCGACCAUGAUUGGCACUACUCCGCAGUUUGCGCACAACUACCGAACGAAGCAUCUAAGUGGGACUUCGUCGGGGCUGCGCGAACUAAUGGGAUGCGAUGACCGAAUUAUGUAUUUGAUAUCUGAGAUAUCAUGCCUGGAAUCAUUGAAAAACGAAGGUAGACUCGAUGAUCUCAUGAUUUGCCACCAUGUCUCUGCUCUUGGUGCUCAACUAGAUCAUACUGAGCCUGCUGAUCCAACACUCGACCACCCUUACACCUGCACUGGAAGCAUUCAGCCAGAACAGCUGACCAUGAACAUGAGCACUAUUUUCCGACUCGCUGCUCGCCUCUACCUAUUAAGUCUAGUACCUGGAUUUGACCGCAACCAACCUAGCAGUGUGAAUCUUGUUACUGCCAUUGCCGAGGCCUUGCAAUUUAUCCCUGCGGGCCCUUACGGCUUCGAUCGCUCUCUUGUAUGGCCAAUUCUAAUGGCCGGCUCUUAUUCAACACCGAUGAGCGAGUUCCGUGGUAUCCUGAGCGAUAGGGUCAUUGCGCUAGGUGAAAUCGGCGAUUUCGGCAGUUUUGGUCGGAUGUACCGACUUCUGCAAGAAGUAUGGAGACUUUCUGACGAUAAUUCUCUGUCCCCAACUAGUGGAACCGAAAGCCAGCGGUCUGGUCUUAAACAAGAGGAUUCGUCUCCAGACAGGCCCACUAUCACUAUUGGACGGGCAAUCAAGAAGCAAAGUGUGCACUGGCGUGAUAUCAUGAAGCGAAACGAUUGGAAGCACCUGCUUAUUUAA